GGCUCAAUAGCGCCUCGCACGUUGGCCGCGCAACAACACGUCGCGUCUAGUGUUCCCAGCUGCAAUUGUGUCCUGGCUCUUGGCCGUCAACGCCGGCGUGCGAAUCGCGUCGAUUGUGUCGAUCCGCAGUCGCUAAGCUCAAGUCGAAGUCAAGUCGUGUCCGAUACAUAUCCAAAGCAUAUCCAUACGCUUCUAUACACUCACGCAUUAUUUUUCUUGUUUUUGUUUGCGUUCUUUUGUUGUGGUCGCAGUUGCCGCUUGAUGGCCGCUCGGGUAGUCCAAAGUCAAGUACAGUGAGUGCUGUCUGUGUGCGUACGCAAUAGCAACACCAACACCAACACCAACACCACCAACAACACCACCAACAACACCAACAUCAUCAACAACAACCACAACAUCAACAAAAAUAAUAAUAUUCACAAUCGUAGUCGUUGUCGCUGUUGGCUGCUGCCGCGUUAUUUCCGUUUCCGUCUGCCGCUCUUUGCGCUUAUCCUGCAAUUACUUAAGAGUCUCGGCUGUCGGAGCCGGCAGCCAGAAGACGCUCACCGAGGUGGCAGCGGUAACACCAUGCCCGCUCAGACGUUGCCCAAACGGCGGACGCUCCUUCCCUAUCCGCUACUGCUGCUGCUGCUUUUAUUCGCGGCCAGUCAACCCGCCAAGGCGGCCGGAAAUGAUGCGAUUUCCGCUGCCAGCGGUCGUCGCCAUAUCCAGUCCGAGGCGCCAUUCCUCACGCGGAUGAAACGUGACGCCAGGAGCAAGGAGGCCAUCACCGAUGAGGACGCUGCAGCUGCCUCAAUGCAGUCGCAGCAGCAGCCGCAAGAGCCCUUGGAUUUUUCAGCCUAUGUGAAUGAUUUCAAUUUGCAAGCUGAGGCCACCAUACCCGAGGACAUAUUUGACCAGCACGAUGGCGACAUUGUAGACAAUGCGGCCUCCCAGCUGCAAUAUGCCGAGCCUGCGGAUGACGAAGCUGACGAUUCCGAUGCGGCUGAUAUUAUACUUGAAUCUCAAAGGCCCACUUCAAGGAAUUUCACUGUUUACCUUGCAAAAGAUGGCAAGACAGUCAAGAAGAAAUACCAUAACAGCAACAACAACAACAACAACAACAACAAAGACAACAACAACGGCAACAACAAUAAAAACCACUACAACUACAAAUUGAAAAACAAUAAAGAGAGCAUGCUGCCAAAGAGAGUUGCCAAUGAAGAAGAAGCAGAUGAAGAGACAGCGUCAGCUACAAAAUCCACUUCCGGUGACGACAACGACAGCGCCAAAGACAACAACAACAACAGCAACAGCAACAGCAACAACAACGAUAAGGCCAACAACGACAAGGACAGCAACGAGGACGAGGAAUACAACGAGCAGGAGGCUGGGGACACGGCUGAGGACAAUGUAGAGGAUGAGAAGCCAAACGCGAACUUUGGCAGCAAAAGUUUUGCGUAUAAAAAAUUUAAGAACAUGCACGAACAGCAAAAUCAACAGAGCCAAAAGGAGCAACAGCAGCAGCAGCAGCAGCAACAGCAGCAGCAGCAGGCAAAUGGCAACGGACCAGCCCAGCAGAUGGAGAGUGUUGCAGGGCAAGAUGAUGCGGAACGGCAAUGGCAGCGACAGCGAGAGCCACAGAAGGCUGGUGUGGAGCAGCUGUUUGAUUCCAUUGAAAUAUUAAAUGAACGAAAAUUUAAUAAAGCGCCGGGCCAAUCAACGUUGCAAGCAACUGAGGAUGUGGCCGGCGAGGACAUAAUGGCAAUCGGCGAUAUUGAGGACAAUUUUGGUAAUGAUCAAGUAUUGGCGGAAAACAUUAUGUCCACAAUUGACAAUGAUGAAUCAGCAGCAAGGGAGACUACGUCUCCGGCUACCAGCACCAGCUACACAACGACAACAACAAACCAGCCAACUACUGUUGCUCCUGAUCCAACAACAACAGCAGGCACAUCGAACAGCUCAAGUAGGCGGAAUAUGUCGCCAGCCAUUGGACGCAAGCAGAAGCGACAUGGCAGCGGCGCCAAUACUAAUGUCUGGCUUGGAGGCAGAUACUAUGGCAAGAACAACUACGACAUAGGCCGAAUUUGGACGCACCAUCACGAGAACGCCAACACAGAUUUUCAAAUGGAGUCCAGCGACGUGGGAGAGCUGCACUACUUUGAUGCUGGAGAGAAUCCGAGAAGCAGCGAAGAUAUUGCCAGUGAAUCACAAGCCAAUUACUUGAGCUACUUGGGCCAGACAAUAAAUGAAACCAAGCAGCAACAGCAGGAACAACAACAACAACAACAACAGCAGCAGCAGCAGCAGGACUCUCGUUUCCAGGACGAUGAGUACGGAGAGCAGCGGGCGCCACAACUGGAAUCGGAAUCUGCAUUGCGUUAUCAUCCGGAUGCCACCACCACCGAGUCACCAUCGGCCUUUGAGCGCUUUAAGGCGCUGCGGCGCAGCAAUCGCCGGAAUGGUCACAAGAGUCACAAGAAGCGCUACAAGGACUACCUCAAGCACAAUAUCAGGCUAACCCCCAGGUACGCGCUUAAGCUGCGCAAGGAGCGGGAAGAGCGCGAGCGAGUAUGGCAACAGCAGCGGGAACAGGAGAAGCAACAGGAGCAGGAGCGGCUGCUGGAGCAGGAACAGGAGCAGGAACAGGAGCGUGAAGAGAGACACUCUCAUGCAGCGCCGAUCUUUGCCCUGGGCAUGCGACCACAACGCAUGACGCCCAAACCCUUCUACGAGGGUCAAGUGAACUACUACGACCAUCAAGAGAAUAUACAGCCGCCACCCCUAGACGCCCAUCAUACGGAAAUGGAACGUCUAAUUGCUAACGACAAUGGCAACUGGUAUCGACGCAUCAGUCCAGUGCUGCGCAAUGGCGUCAAAAGCAGUGAACAGCAGCAGCAGCAGCUGCAGCAGCCGCAGCCGCAGCAUCAGGUGAAGCACCAUCAUCAUCUGAAGCAUCAUCAUCACCAGCAUCAUCACAAGCAUGCUCGCAUGCAGCGUUUACCGAAUCCCUAUCAGCGCAAGGCAACAGCGGCCCAGUCGGCGGCACCCGCUACAACGCCAGAGCCGCCGCUGCCGCCACCGAAGCCGCAAUUAGGCCAUCAGAUCACUGAGCUGGAGCAGCUGGAGCGCUAUUAUGCCAAGUGGCCGCAUCUAGCACGCGUACAGUUUCAGGUGUACGACGAACACUAUCGCGAAGCUCAUCCAGAACUCUAUACCGAUUACGAUGCGGACGAUGACUAUGAGACAGCUGCCGAGCUGGAGGAGGCACAGCAGGAUCAUGGCGAGGAGGCCAAUCUGCCGCCGUAUAUCAAAAAGUACAAUCGACGCAAUAAACAGCUGCUCAAUCUGCUCGAGGGUACAUUGCCGCCGGCUACGCCUACGCCCACGUUCAACGGCCUCUGGAGCGGCUCCCAACUGCAGCCGGGUCCACACGAAUCGGCACCCAUACGACUGGACGAUGAUUACGUUAAACAGAAGCGACGUCGCUAUCAGCAGCGCUACGAAGAUCUCUUUGCCCAGCAGCACGGCGGCAGCACCACGACGACAACAACAACAACGACGCCCGCAACGCUCACCAGCAGCCUGUCCAACCAGCUGCCCGAAGAGGAAAAGCAAUUGAAUGAUGAUGAACAUCGCCAGUCAGCUGCCGUUGAUUUCUGGCAAAGGGAGGUGGACACCAAAGCGUUGCCACAGUCGCCACCCGCCGCCGCCGCCGCCGCCGCCGCCGUUGCCGUCACCGUCGUGCAUUCCACCCCAAAGCCGGCACUCUUUAAGCUGCCCCUCUACCCGGCUAUAACGGACAGCUUCUUGGGCACGCCGCGCAGCCGCAGUGCACAGUUUGUGGCGAAUGUAGCCGGACGUGGUCAGAGCAGCUGGCAUGCUGCUGCCCCGGCCGCCGCGAGCUCUGUUGAUGAUGAUGAUAGCACUCCGAUGCCGCCAUCCUCGCCGCUCAAUUCGUUUGUCUAUCAUCGUGUCGUGGAUGGAAUUGGCGCUGCCAACUCCCUCUCCUCAUCGUCCGCAGCCAGCCGGAAGCAACGUUUGCCCUUUGUGGCCAUCACGGAUCGACGGCUGGAGAACAUCAGCGCCCAUAAGUUGCUCGGAGAACGACACAAAGACUUUGAGCAGAAUCACUUUCCAAUGCCUUAAGCCGCUCUACAACAGGAAGAUCGAUAUCACGGACGUCAAAAUAGAACUAGAAGAACAACCACAAACGAAAUCAGCAGCAACAUACGAGAAUGGAAAGCCAGUUUAAACCAAAGCGAAAGAAAAGGGAUUUCGACUCGAAUUUUUGUUUAAGCCAUGUCAAUGCUAUCAAAGCAGGAGGAAUUAGGAUAUGGCUAAACAUAAGGAAAAUCGAAGCCUAGCAAGUUUACGACUCCCAAGCAUAACUGAUCUACGAUCUUUUUAGUAAUCGGUAAUCGAGUGCAACUAAUCGAUCAACAAUGCGCAUACAACUCGCCUUAAAAAUAGUUCGCUUUCCCCUUGGUUUAAGCCGGUUUCCCAUUGCUAAUCUAAACCUAAAAAAUAGACAUAAAUUUCAGUAGUUGCUUCUGAAUUAAAUCUUAUGUUUCGAGCGAUGAGUACUGUACUUAGUUAUAAUUUUGAUUCGCAUCUGAGAGCAGGUGAAAAAACCUAAAAAAAAA